AUGUUUGGCAAGAAGAAGCAGGCCCAGGAUACACCCUCGCCAUCUCCUCAGCAGGACGACUCCCCAAUCCAAAUCCCUAUGGAGCCCAUCACAGAGAAAGAAAUCCUAGAGCCUCUCCCCGAACCCGUCGACUUUUCCCAAAUCACACCCACAACGCGAUACCAGUUCAGAGGCAUGGCACGUCGGGCAGUCUCUUAUCACCGCCGUCAACGAAUUACCAAUAUCGGCUGUCUAGUCGUGUGGCCAGUUCUUCUGGUCAUCCUGUGUCAUGUCCUCAACAAGACCUUGGACAUCAUCGAACGUCAAGGGCUCAUCCGCUAUUGCACCAACGAAGCCGACCCACAGUUUGGUAGAACGUUUUCUCUUGGAGUUGGAGGCUUCCUGCCUGAAGAUAAUAAUGUCUACAACUCGCCUUCUUAUCCGGCAGCAUUCGAACUGAAGCCUGAUGGAGAUUCGCAACAGGCGUGUGUGCGUUGGUUCGGAGAAUCAUAUCCAGUCAGUGCGCCCUAUCAGAAUGCGACCUGGGCGAAUGCUGGUUUCCUGGAUUCGACCUACAUACCUUCACCUGACUUUGGGUGGUUCAACGUUUCAAACGUCACCUCCGAAUACUGGGAGAUGAAGAAGCGCAAGUUUCUUGAGAAUCCAAAGCUGUACUCGAAGCUGCUCUUCGAUCCAAUGGCUUUUUCACUAAGUAGAAGUAUCACUGAUGUUAACCAGACAGUGUACUACUCGACCGCCAACGCCGACAUCGCCAGGACUCUUGGCGUCACGGCAAAUGCUACACGGUGGGUUCCUUCAGAGCCAUGGCCUCCAAUCGAUCCCAAAGUUAUUUUGUACAACACGUCUCAGAUCGACCCUGCCAACGGCGUCUUGGGUGCUAUCCCUCUCCGGUACACAAAGGGAACUGAUUUUGUCAGAUUCGACAACCACACUGGCUCAGCCAUGGAAGUCUACACGGCAGGACCAACAUAUCGAUAUUUCGAAAGCCGUGAGAGUGUGGAUGAAAAGAUUAGAGCGAUGGUGAAGGAGGACGCCGAAGGAUUUGUCUUUUAUUCCAGCAAGCCAUUUGGUGGUCUCCAUUUCGACUCUCUGGAUAUUGACAAGGCUAAGGUCUCGAUGACGAUGCAAUUUGGAAUGUCGUCGGAUGGACGCGAUUCUGAUAUGGCUACUCCUGGUUUGCGUCAGAUCAUCGUUGUGUCCCAAAUGACGAAUGCUCUCGCUCGACUUAAAUUCAAAGGUCGGUACAUCAUCUCGCAGGGAAUCCGAGCUUUGCCGUUCGAGUUCCAGUGGGAUCGUCUAAAGAACCGUACCUCAGGAAUAUCUGCAACCUAUUUGUUUCCCUUUGCUCUCUCCUUCUUGAUGCCGAACUUUGUGACGAUCUUGGUACGGGAGAAGGAAGGCCGCCAUCGUAUCUUGAUGGCUAUGAACGGGCUAAACAGCGGAGCAUACUAUCUUGCCCACUAUGUCGAGUUCAUGACCAUGCAGCUGAUUCUGACGGUAUUAUUUGUGAUUGCCGCCCUUGCAGUCAAGAACGAAUAUCUCUGGAACAGCGAGCCGGGUCUGCCUAUUCUUCUCCUUCUCCUCUGGGCGCACGUGGGAAUGAUGCACACCAGCAUGAUCAACAACCUGUACCCAUUGAACUUCUCGUCAUUUGCUUCUGGAGCCAACUUGCUCAACUGCAUUGGUAUGCUUUUGGGUGAGAGUAUCCUUUUUGUUCUCCUCACUUUCUACGUUGACGCUGUGAUGCCAUCUGAGUACGGUGUUCGUCGACCCUGGCAUUUUCCUAUCUCUGGCCUCGUCAAGUCCCGCUCAUCUGCAUCCAGCUCUGCUCGCGAUAUCGAGUCCAAGAUUGUCCAUGGUGGAAGUCAAGUCGACCUCUCGGUCGAUUCUGAUCAGGAAUCCCUGGACGGCGGGGAUGCCGAUGUUCGUGCCGAGCGAGAGCGCGUGCGCACCAAAUACAACCCUGACACUACGCCUCUCAUCAUCGACAAUCUCUACCAUUGCUAUCCUGGAAAGGUCGAGGCAGCCUUGAAGGGCAUGUCAUUCGGUGUUGAGACCAACACGGUUCUCAGUCUUCUCGGACCCAACGGAGCAGGAAAAUCGACAUUGAUCCAUUUGUUGACUGGUCUGUACGGGCCUACACGAGGAUCCGCGUUGAUCGCUGGUGCCGAUAUUCGCACUGAAAUGUCGCUGGUCCAUGCCAGGAUAGGUGUCUGCCCCCAGCAUGAUAUCCUUUGGGAUGACCUAACUGUUGCCGACCACCUGCUAUUCUACUCUCGUCUUCGUGGUGUCCCUCCUUCCUUGGAACAACAGUCCAUCGCCUUUGCUAUUGCGUCAGUCUCUUUGACGAGAUUCCGUGAUCGCCAGGUUAAGGACCUCAGUGGAGGAGAGAGGCGUCGUGUCUCGAUCGCGAUCGCGCUGCUAGGUGACAACCGCGUGGUCUUCUUGGAUGAGCCCUCGACUGGUCUGGAUGCUGAGGUUCGCCGUGUGAUCUGGGAUGUCGUCAACCGUGUCAAGGUCAACCGCACCGUCGUCCUUACGACGCACUCCAUGGAAGAGGCUGAUAUCCUCUCGGACAAGAUCGCGAUCAUGACCAAUGGGCUGUUGAGAUGUAUCGGCACCAGUCUACACUUGAAGGAGCUCUAUGGAUCAGGAUUCCGUCUCAACAUCGCCUCCAAGCCCGGACGACUGGACGAGGCGUGCCAGAGCAUUGAGGACAAGCUGAUGCGCAGGACUGGAUUGCCUUACCGCAGGAUCGACAAAUUUACCAACGCUAGCGUGUUCGAGUUCGAUCUUGCUCCCAACACCAACAAUCAAUCCGAUCAGCAGGACGGAAUUGUUUCUACCAAUCGAGGAGAACUGUCAAGCAUCUUUCAUCACCUCUCACAGAACGACUUGUUCCCGGCAGUGGAGGACUGGGGUAUCAGCCAGACCACCUUAGAGGACGUGUUCAUCAAGAUUGUCACGGAUGCCGAUGCGACCUUGACGGUGCCUACCGUCAUUCAAGACCCCAAGUCUGAGUAG